AAGAGAUAUCUUGAAGAUGCUGAGAUUGUUGCUGCCCGGACAUAUGUUCUGUUGAAUUGUUCAGAAAUUGAAAAUUACAGAGAGGUUUUCGAAGGCGAGUUGCGUAGAGGAAACCCUGAAAUCAGCACCUCGCAAAUUGAAGCAAAGUUCGAGAGUGACUUUGCCUGCUGGUUUCAACAAUAUGUGCAAGAUCCAACUGUCUGUACCAAUCCCUUCAUUCUUAGUCUCGCUAAAGGACCUCUUAGAUCAGUCAGAACAUUUAAGGGGUACCGUGUAAACGGGUUCAAGUUUCAGACUCAAGCUUAUGGGGAGGAACAACUUACAAUGAAUAGUGGAGUCUGCGUAAGGGGAACUCAAUAUGUCGAUAGCGAAAAUGACUUUUAUGGAUUUCUGACAGACAUAAUUGAGUUAGAGUAUCCAGCGCUUCCAAUGAAAACGACUGUCUUAUUUAAAUGCGAAUGGUUCAACCCAGCGCAAAAUUCAGGCACAAUUAGUAACAAAAAAUACAACAUGGUGGAUAUUAAUAACAGAAGGAGAUACAACAAGUAUGAACCGUUCAUCUUAGCUGAACAGGCCGACCAAGUUCAUUACCUGCCAUAUCCGAGUAAAAGAAGGGAUAAAAUAAAUUGGUGGGCAGUUUGCAGGAUAAAGGCGCGAUCAGAGCUUGACAUGCCCGAGGGGAUUAUCCCGGCCUUUCAAGAUGACAUAGAAGAAAAUCCUCUCAUUGUUGCAACAGAAGACAAUCCGACAUAUUUGGCUGAUCAAACUGGAGAAGCUGAGGAAGAUGCGUUGUUCAUGCCUCCUGAACAAGAAACAGAAGAUGAGUUCAUCGCAUCCUCAUCAGACGAAGAUGAAAGCAAAGAACUUUAGUAGUUUAGUAUAUUU